AUUCGGCUGAUCCCGGAAGGGACCGGAAGAGGCUGCUCAGAGUUUGUCGAAGUGUUAGCGGCUAUGCUAAUGCAUUACAGAACGCAAUUUGAGUGUCUGACUGAAUGUGUCAUCUCCAUCCCAGACACAGGUUUACACACUAUCGCCAUGCUACCGCAGCAGUGAACCUUCUCCACGGCAAUAAAAGAAGCGAUUGCAUAUCUUUCUGUCUAUACCAGCGCCGAAUACAAGGCAGGUGUGAAUGACCGACGUGCUGCCCAUCACCGCCCUCAGUGAAAUAAAGCUCCGCCUUCUCUGCCACGAUGACAUAGAGAGAAUAAAAGUGCUCUGUGGAGAGUGGUUCCCCAUUGAGUAUCCAGACUCAUGGUAUCAUGACAUCACAUCGAACAAGAAGUUCUUCUCUCUGGCUGCCACUUUUAGAGGUGGAAUUGUGGGGAUGAUUGUGGCAGAAAUAAAAAGUAGAACGAAAGUUCACAAAGAGGAUGGGGACAUCUUGGCCUCCAGCUUUCCUGUUGACACACAAGUUGCGUACAUCCUGAGUUUAGGAGUCGUGAAGGAGUUUCGCAAACAUGGAAUAGGCUCUCUGUUACUUGACAGUUUAAAGGAGCACAUCUCCACCACGGCACAGGACCAUUGUAAAGCCAUCUAUCUGCAUGUGCUCACCACCAAUAACACUGCCAUUCACUUCUAUGAGAACAGAGACUUUAAACAGCACCACUAUUUACCGUAUUAUUACUCUAUACGAGGAGUGUUGAAAGAUGGCUUCACUUACGUCCUCUACAUCAAUGGCGGACAUCCACCAUGGACUAUCUUCGAUUAUAUUCAUCAUAUAGGUUCUGCCCUGGCCAGUCUGAGCCCAUGCUCCAUUCCUCAGAGAAUUUAUCGGCAAGCACAGAAUCUCCUUCGCAGCUUUCUUCCGUGGUCGGGCAUCUCUUCCAAGAGUGGCAUUGAGUACAGCAGAACCAUGUGAGGGUCAUCAGUCCAAGAAGAGAAUGGUCACUCCAGAUGCCUGGAUGCACUAAAUGGGCUAAGACGGAUUGUGAAGACUGACUGUGGAUUCUCUGGUAGUUCAGAGCUGUGUAUUAUAUGUGUACAUUUGAUAUAUAUACUUUAAUUAAUAUAUACAUUGUCAUUAGUAGUUUUCCCUCUUAAUAUAAACUCUCCACGUCAUGCCUGUUUUUUUCUGCUGCUGUGUAGAAAUUUGCUAUAGUUUACCCAGACUUUUCAUAUAAAUAGAUUUUUUAUGUGUGCCUCUUCUGUUAGAGGACUAUUGGGUAUUUGAUGGUAGAAUUAUCUCCCUCAAGAUGCAAACUUUUUGUUUUGGUCACUCAUGCAUGUGUUUUGUUUGUUCAGCAGUACCUCGGCAAACCGUAUGUUUCAGCCCACAGUUCUGAGGAUGCAAAGUUUGUGAUUGUUUUUUAAUAACUUUUGCACAGAGGCAUUGAAUGUAGUAUUGCGACGAAGGGAAAAAGGCUACCGUUGCAGAAAGCACUCCACCUCACCAAAUGUGUUUUGUCGACGUCUAACAUAUAAACUGUUUUUAAGAAUCUUAAAUUAGCGAGAGAAUUUCAUCCUGCCAUUCCAUUGUGUGUACUUUUCUUUUAAAGGUGAACUGGAUGAAUGUAGUGGGGCAACGUGUUUUAAUGUGUUAUGUUACUGUGAAUCAGAAAGUUACACACAAAAUAAAACUGAGAAAUCUGAGAA